AUGGCAAUAAGUUCAGUAACAUGUUGUACGGACCGGCUGUUUAAAGUUCUAGUCAUUGGGGAUGUGGGCGUCGGGAAGAGCAGCAUUAUCUUGCGUUACGUUAACAAGCGCUUUAAUGAAACAUACAAAGCAUCUAUUGGAGUUGACUUUGCUCUGAAGACUAUCGAAUGGGAUGCCAAGACUUUGGUGAGACUGCAGUUUUGGGACAUCGGAGGCCAGGAGAGGUUCAGGAAGAUGUCCAGGGUGUACUACAAAGGGGCGAUGGGAGCAGUCGUGGUCUUUGACGUUACAAACAGCUCCACCUUGGAGGCCGCCUCGGAGUGGAAACGGGACCUGGACAGCAAAGUCUGUCUCGACAGCGGACGUCCGGUCCCCGCCGUCCUGCUGGCCAACAAAUGUGACAUGACGGGAAGGGACGGGGACUUGGUGUCCUCUCUGGACGGCUUCUGUAAAGACAACCGCUUCACGGGCUGGUGGGAGAGCUCUGCGAAGGACAAUAUAAAUAUUGAUGAGGCGGGCGCCUUUCUUGUCGAACAAAUGAUGCUGUGCGACACCGGCCUGUUCGACGAGCGCCGCUGGGACGGGAUCAGAGUGAGCCCGGCUCCCGGGGAGAGUCAGAGCCAGUCACUGUGCUGCUGGAGACCGCGGCUCUGA